AUGUCACCUGCACCAAUCACUCGAGACGCGGCUGCCUCAGUUUCCCCACCACGACAGUCAACACCACAAGCUAUAGCUCCAUCAGCUCAGCCUAUCUCAAGACAUUUUGAUGACAUUUUCCAUGCCAAGUUCAUGCAAGUUAUUGCAGAUUGGAAGAACGACCCCUCAAGAGGUAGCCUCACCCAAAAGGACCGCAAAACAUUCAUUGAAAACGCCUACAUUGAGACCGAUGAACUUUACUUCAGCAGGCGACAGCUGUCUGACCAGGAGAUCAAGCUCCGUGCUCUCACCAAAGUCUUCUACAAGAUUCUUGCAGAAGAGCCGUGGUCUGAGGACUGGAUCCGGGCCCCAGAUGUCGAACGCAAGCUUUCAAGAUUCGAGAUGCACAAGGAUUCCAUCGAGCUGGCAGCAAAGUUCAAUGUUGUGACCCCUCGAGAGGCCGUCAAAGCCGCGCGUGAGGCGGCGACAAAGCAAGAGGAGCUUCUCAAGGCGGCUGGCGAUAAGCCUCCGAAAGAGCUGCGCAUCGAUAGAGGGCCAUGGGACGAUAUCGAGAUUAUAUAUAUCCCAGGUACCGUAUCAGCGGCUGCUACAAGUCGCCUAAACCGCGAGGAGACCUAUCCUAUUUCAGUUUCUUCCGUCGCAAGCACCCUGCAAUCUCAUAUUUGUAGAGAUAUGGUGCGCCCGUUUUCCAUGGCCGAACGAUUCGUCAGUUGCUCGGACACCAAAGAACUCGAGGAGAUGCGCGAAUUCGCAUGCAAUGUCUGCGAUUAUUGCCCCCACCUUCUCGACAACGACAAUGUCAGCUUACUCGUCGUUCUGCUCAUUCUUUCACGAUCAGAUGUCUGUAGGCGUUGGGAGAACAACGGUAUCCGCAUUGAGGGUUCAACAAUCAGUCACAGAAAGUCGGAGUGCAUGAAGAACAAGCUAGGCUGGAACACCACCGAGUUAAAGAAACCGUUCGAUAACUUCGCAACCGAGUUUCAAACUCGCGUGAAAAACGCGUGCUUCCCAGCCCCCCGAGCGCAACGCGGAGGUGGUCCUAAGAACAAAGGUCCAAGGAAGUCCUCGACUCCAGCAACUCCCUCUACCCCUACUGGGUAUGGUGCUCCGCCCGCUUGGGCCUACAUGCCCUCGCCUCAAGUUCGCCAGGAUUGUAUCAAUACCAGUAUCAACGUUGCCGCACCUGCUGUACAGAGCAUCUACUCUGUACCCUCGUCUGCAAAAGCUCAGUCAACGCCCGCUGGCGACAACGCCGGUGAACCCAUGGAUCUUUCCUAG